UGCGCCCGGCUCAGUGUAGCGCUCCGCCGAGCCGCUCGCGCCAUCGCCGCCAGCCCGCGCCCCGCCGCCCCCCGCCCCCCGCAGCCAUGUCCAACGAGAUCGUGGGGUGCCGGAUGAUGUGGGAGCCCGACAGCAAGAAGAACACGCAGAUGGAUCGCUUCCGGGCGGCCGUGGGCGCCUCCUGCGGCCUGGUGCUGGGAAAUUACCACGACCUGUACCAGUGGUCAGUGGAGUCCUAUUCAGACUUCUGGGCCGAGUUCUGGAAGUUCAGCGGCAUUGUGUCUUCGCGCAUGUAUGACGAGGUGGUGGACCCCUCCAAAGGGGUGGCGGACGUCCCCGAGUGGUUCGCGGGCAGCCGUCUGAACUACGCCGAGAACCUGCUGCGGCACCGACAGAACGACAAGGUCGCCCUCUACGUGGCCCGGGAGGGCAGGGAGGAGGUCGGGAAGGUGACCUUUGAGGAGCUGCGGCAGCAGGUGGCAUUGUUCGCGGCCGCGAUGCGGCGAAUGGGCGUGAGAAAAGGAGACCGCGUCGUGGGCUACCUCCCCAACAGCGAGCACGCCGUGGAGGCCAUGCUGGCCGCUGCGAGCAUCGGCGCCAUCUGGAGCGCCACGUCCCCCGACUUCGGGGUGAACGGUGUCCUGGACCGGUUCUCCCAGAUCCAGCCCAAGCUCCUCUUCUCCGUGGAGGCCGUGGUGUACAACGGCAGGGCGCACGGCCACCUGGACAAGCUGCAGCGGGUGGUGAAGGGGCUGCCGGACCUGGAGCAGGUGGUGGUGAUCCCGUACGUCGCCCCCCGGGAGGAGGUGGACAUCUCCCAGGUCCCCGGCAGCGUGUUUCUGGAGGACUUCCUGUUGGCCGGGAGAGGGGACCAGGCGCCCCAGCUGGAGUUCGAGCAGCUGCCCUUCGGCCACCCGCUGUUCAUCAUGUUCUCCUCCGGCACCACGGGCGCCCCCAAGUGCAUGGUGCACUCCGCAGGGGGCACCCUCAUCCAGCACCUGAAGGAGCACAUGCUCCACGGCGACAUGAGCAGCAGCGACAUCCUCCUCUACUACACCACGGUGGGCUGGAUGAUGUGGAACUGGAUGGUGUCCGCGUUGGCCACGGGCGCCGCGCUGGUCCUGUACGACGGCUCCCCGCUGGUGCCCACACCCAACGUGCUCUGGGACCUGGUGGACAGGCUGGGCAUCACCAUCCUGGGAACGGGGGCCAAGUGGCUGUCGGUGCUGGAGGAGAGAGACCUGAAGCCAGCGGAAACCCACAGUCUGCAGACGCUGCACACGAUCCUGUCCACGGGCUCCCCGCUCAAAGCGCAGAGCUACGAGUACGUGUACACGUGCAUCAAGAGCAGCGUCCUGCUGGGCUCCAUCUCAGGCGGCACCGACAUCAUCUCCUGCUUCAUGGGCCAGAACGUCUCUCUCCCCGUCUACAGAGGCGAGAUCCAGGCCCGCAACCUGGGCAUGGCCGUGGAGGCCUGGGAUGAGGCAGGCAGGGCCGUCUGGGGCGAGAGCGGGGAGCUGGUGUGCACCAGGCCCUUCCCCUGCCAGCCCACGCACUUCUGGAACGACGAGACGGGCAGCAAGUACCGGAAGGCCUACUUCUCCAAGUUCCCCGGUGUCUGGGCGCACGGCGACUACUGCAAGAUCAACCCCAAGACGGGGGGCAUCGUCAUGCUGGGCCGGAGCGACGGCACGCUCAACCCCAACGGCGUGCGCUUCGGCAGCUCGGAGAUCUACAACAUCGUGGAAGCCUUCGAGGAGGUGAGCGACAGCCUGUGCGUCCCGCAGCACAACCAGGACGGCGAGGAGCGCGUGGUGCUGUUCCUGAGGAUGGCGGCCGGCCACGCCUUCCGGCCCGCCCUGGUGCAGCGCGUCCGCGACGCCAUCCGCAGCGGCCUGUCCGCCCGGCACGUGCCCAGCGUCAUCCUGGAGACCAAGGGCAUCCCGUACACCCUCAACGGCAAGAAGGUGGAGGUGGCGGUGAAGCAGGUCAUCGCGGGGAAGGCCGUGGACCACCGCGGCGCCUUCUCCAACCCCGAGGCCCUGGAGCUGUACCGCCACGUGCCCGAGCUGCAGGGCUUCUGAGCGCGUGUGCCCGCCGUGCGCGCCUCCAGCACCGCGGCGGCAGCGUGGGGUCCGGGACAUCGCCCAGACCCCGCGGCUCCCGGGGAUGGGCCCCGCGUCCUGUCCGGGGGCCGCGGGCUGGGGAGGGUCUGCCCUCCCUCCUGGUGGUGGCCCUGCCCUGGAGGCCGGGGGCGCGGCCCGCGUGGCAGUGAGUGUGGAGGGGAGUCCGUGCGCACGUGCUCGGCCGCAGCACCCCCUGCGCCUCCCCGGGGCCCACCCCGCGCUGUUCAGGGGCGGAUCCGCCUCCCUUCACUUUGGUCUCGGCUCUGGCCGCCGGGCCUCGGGCCGGUCUGUCCGCGGGUUGCCAGGACCCGGCGGCCCGCGGCGGGCGCCCCCUUGCGGUGGAGGGUUCCCGCCCUUCCCGGUGGGCGUGGCCCCAGAGCAGGGGGCGCUCUGCGGAGGCAUCGGGGCCUUAUUUCAUGGACGGAACGGGUUCAAGUCUCUCAGGGGAACUGUCGGGUGCGCGGGCGUUGGGAGAAGUGGCUGUCCCUCCUGCGGGCGCCCCGGGGCCCACGGUCGGCGGGGCCCACGGUCGGCGGGGCCCACGGUCGGCGGGUUGCGUGUUCUUUCUCUGCAGCUGGCACUUUGCGUUCUUGAACCGGAGCCCCUUUCCUUCCGGUUACACCCGCGGGGAAGGCGCCCCGGAGGCCGUGCAAUAAACACUGUGCGCACCA